AAAAAUAUCCACAUGCAUCCGUUCUAUUUCAUUUUCUCCGCUGCUGUAGAAUGAGACGGGUUUUAGCUUCUCUUAUUCUAGCUCCGUUACUAUCUCCAGGGUUGGGAUUGGACUGUCCGGCGGCUCAGGGUCUGUAUCCGGAUCCACAGGAUUGUAAAAAGUUCUACCAAUGCUCAGAUUGGGUUCCUUACAGGUUUGAAUGUGGGGAAGGUUUAGUAUUUAAUCCAGUAGGAUAUUGUGACUGGCCAGUAAAUGUUAACUGUGGAGCAGAGGUUACAUCAACAAGUAAACCGACAACAACAACAUCAAGACCGACAACAACAACAUCAAGACCAACAACAACAGCUGAAUCUACAACAAUUUCGAAAACUACAACAACGCUCAAACCUACAAUAACAACAACCAAACCUACAACAACAACAACCAAACCUACAACAACCAAACCUACAACAACAACAACCAACCCUACAACAACAACACCCGGUGUUCAAACAAACAGUUGCAACAUAAUCACGGAGGAGCCAAUCACAGAUGAAAUCCGGACCCAGAGAAUGAAAACUUGUCUUGCUCCGAACUCUAUUGUUGAAUCCGUCCUGCCUGGUUCUCCCAGUAACCCUGAGAAUGUUCGUAUUCUUGAAUCUAUCUUCUCCCCAACACAAUUUGAAACUACAUUUCCAGAAGCAAACAGCGCAUAUACUUAUGAAAACCUUCUUAAAGCAUUCGCUAAGUUUCCUGAAGUUUGCAAGACUGCUGAGGUUUGCAGAAAAACGCUCGCAAUGAUGUUUGCACAUUUCCAGCAGGAGACUGCCGGGCUCUUCUAUAUCAAGGAAAUAAAUCAGGGUUUGUAUUGCGCUGAUUGGAGUGAUUGGGUUCAAGCAGCAUAUCCUUGCUCACAGGGACAAAAAUAUUUCGGCAGAGGUGCGAAGCAGUUGACCUGGAAUUAUAACUAUGGAGCUCUUUCAUCUGCUUUAUAUGGAGAUCCGCAGAUUCUGUUGGAUAACCCUGACCUAGUCUCUGAUACCUGGUUAAACUUUGCCUCUGCUAUCUGGUUCUACCUGAACCCUCAGCCUCCUAAACCCAGUAUGCUCGCCAUCACAGACCAAACCUGGAAACCUAAUAACCAUGAUCUAAACCAGAACAGAAAGCCUGGUUUUGGUUCCAGUAUCAUGGUGAUCAACGGAGCUUAUGAGUGUGGAAUGAAUCCGAUCAAUCCUAAUGGGAGCAGAAACCGUCAGCUCUACUACCGUAGGUUUGCUGCAGAUUUCAGUGUUGAUAUAAGCAAGGAGAAACUGGACUGUCAAGACAUGUUGCCCUUUGAUGCUGAGGGGUCAGCUAACCCAGGACUGUACUGGGCACCUGAAUCUAGAUGCAACCUAGUAACAUGGCAAACUGCGUACAGUGCUCUUGUCGAGGGAGAUUAUAAACGCUGCUUGAAAGCUGCCUCAGCAAUACCUUGAUUUUAAACCAAAGAAUUCACAGAUUUCAAAAAAUGUAGAUGAACCUGAGAUUGAAAAUUUUAAAUGGAAGAAUAAAAUUAAGCUCAUUCAUCUUGUGGGAAAAGAAUGGGUUAAACUUAUUCUUAACGCUUUGGUUUAACUCUUUAAAUUAAAAAUUGAUGAUUUUGUGAAAUAAAAAAAAUAUAUUUAUGAAGUACA